GUGAUCCCUUGCAAACACGGCACCUUUACUCGAGGGUCACAGCUCGGAGCUUUACUAUCUCGGAGCAUCGCACUGGGAAUACAUCUGAAUGCACGGGUAACCCUUGUUUUUCUAUCCAGUCAUCCUCCAGAAUGUCGACUAUUCUUCCGCAAGACAGAAAUAAAUACCUCCCGCCCCUGCCCAUCGGAACCUCCUCCCAUCACCAAGACCCUUUUGUUUACAUUGACCGCCAGGCCAAACACAUUCAGCGUAAUCUACAGAUCCUAAUCGAUGCCCAGAGCGAAGGUCUUCUAGCUGGUCUGGCGGGUCCACAGCGGGAUGGUACUCUUUCCAGCGGAAGUUAUACCCCAACCUCGGAGACAAGCAAUUCCCAGCGUCCGUCAACCAUACCGGUCCGGCAACCGGCCCCGGAGAAAAUCGGGCUGUCUGCUGCACGACAGGGAAUAUUUAGAUCCAUCUUCGACCUGCUGAAGCUUCGGGAGGAGGAGCGAGAAAUACUAACAUUCCGGAUUGAUGAAAGAAAGGAUGCGUUGGGAGAUAUUGACAAGUUCAACACUCACCGCGCCGGGCUGGAAAGCGCCAUCUCGACAAUCCAGGAUAACCGAGAAGGCCAGCAUACUCAAGCAUUGAGGGAGGAAAGUCGCAAGCUUGAAGGGGAUAUUCAUGACUUGGAGACUAGGCUGUCCCAGAUGAGGGCAAGGCAUCAGCACGUUCUUCGCGAAUUAUCCCAGAUGGAAAAUUCUAUUGAAUCAAAGCUGUCUUCUUACAAAGCCUCAAUGUCUCUCCUAGAGUCGAAUAUCAGAAAUUACCUCCAAAAUCCACCCGUGAAACCUCAGUCGACCAGCCCCAAUGAUGCGACCUUCUACUCCUUGAAGCCUAACCGGCGGACCCUUGAGAUGGCACAGGAACACUGGCAGAAAGAGCAGUCGAGUUUGCAACAGAGACAACAGGAAGUGAAUACCGAGAUUGAGGCGCUCGAAGCAGGAGGUGGUGUCUGGAAACAGGUGGUCGGGGAAGUCUCUGGAUUUGAGAAACGACUGAAGUCAGCCAUGCGCCUUUCUAUUCAAAGCCAGUCGCAGAUACUGAAGCAUGAUGGCCCAUCUGGUAGCAAGUCCGAGGAGGACCUUGCCCGGGCAAUGCUGGAUGAUCUGACGCAUACCACAGAGCGCGUAGAAUACCAUCUAGAGCUUGCGGAGAAUAAAGAUUGGAAACUGUUGGUUUGUUGCAUCUCGGCGGAGCUCCAGGCUCUGCGAGAAGCGCGACAACUGCUAUUGGGCAUCUUCAAUGUGGCCGAAGCAGACAUCUGGCCGUCUGUCGAAAAAGGAGCAGAUUUCAGGAGUCAGCCCCAUGGCGACGACGACUCAGAAGCCGACCCCCUUGGAGUUGACAACCCUGAACCUCCGGCCGACUUGCUCAGGGAUACUGGGGAGCACCAGCAUGGCACAAUUUCCCACUCCGAUGAUGAAGAUGAUGAGCCGGAUCCUGCCUGGCUGCUCCCAGAAUCUUAAAAGGGUCCUUAUUGUGACCCACCAGUCCCCCAUGGACAAAUGUGAGCCGUCAAUUAGCGUAGUAUCUCUCGGGUAAUUAUUUCUAUUCUCCAGGCUAUCUU